GAACGCGCCGCGGCAGCCAUGUUGGACGUGGCCAGCACCGGGGCCGGCACCAGGGGGUAAUCAGCUGUCACGAUGCUGGGCUCCCUGGUGUUGAAGAGAACAGCGCCGGCGUCCAGGCUCCUUCUCCAGCUGCUGAGAUCGCCAUCACUCCGGAGCCAUGGAAGUGCCCCCGGCCGGCGUGUAGCCCCCGGGGACGGCGUGGAGGCGCCCUGGCCGAGGGCAGCCGUCGAGGGAUGCCAGCGGACACCUGCCGCCUUGCACCCCGCGGGGGUCCGGGGCGGGCGCGCCGAGACCCGCUACCUCGCGGCCGCCGCACGGAGACACCGUCCGAGCCCCGAAGAAACACUCCCCGGUCGGGACGGCUGGAACGGGGUCCCCAGCAGAGCCGGGCUGGGCAUGUGGGCCCUGGCCACUGCCCUCGUGGCUCACUGUUACAGCAAGAACCCGUCCAGCAAGGAUGCAGCCCUGGUGGAAGCUGCUCGUGCCAACAACGUCCAGGAGGUGGAAAGGCUGUUGUCAGAAGGCGCGAAUGUCAACGCGAGGCACAAACUUGGCUGGACGGCACUCAUGGUGGCAGCCAUCAGCCGAAAUGACAGCGUGGUGCAGGUCCUGCUGGCCGCUGGUGCUGACCCUAACCUUGGAGACGAUUUCAGCAGCGUGUACAAAACCGCCAAGGAGCAGGGGAUCCAUUCUUUGGAAGUGCUGGUCACCAGAGAGGACGACUUCAACAACCGGCUGAAUAACCGCGCCAGCUUCAAGGGCUGCACCGCCCUGCACUACGCCGUGCUUGCCGAUGACUACCGCACCGUCAAGGAGCUGCUGGAGGGAGGAGCCAACCCCGUGCAGAGGAAUGAAAUGGGACACACACCUUUGGAUUAUGCCCGCGAGGGGGAGGUGAUGAAGCUGCUAAGGUCGUCAGAAGUCAAGUACCUGGAGAAGCAGCGAAAGCGAGAGGCCGAGGAGAGGCGCCGUUUCCCCCUGGAGCAGCGGCUGAAGGAACACAUCAUCGGCCAAGAGAGCGCCAUCGCCUCGGUGGGGGCUGCGAUCCGGAGGAAGGAGAAUGGCUGGUAUGACGAAGAACACCCUCUGGUCUUCCUCUUCUUGGGAUCAUCGGGAAUAGGGAAAACGGAGCUGGCCAAGCAGACAGCCAAAUACAUGCACAAAGACGCCAAAAAGGGCUUCAUCCGGCUCGACAUGUCCGAGUUCCAGGAACGACACGAGGUGGCCAAGUUUAUUGGGUCCCCGCCAGGCUACAUCGGCCACGAGGAGGGCGGUCAGCUGACCAAGAAGCUAAAGCAGUGCCCCAAUGCCGUGGUGCUCUUCGACGAGGUAGACAAGGCCCAUCCAGAUGUGCUCACCAUCAUGCUGCAGCUGUUUGACGAGGGCCGACUGACGGACGGGAAAGGGAAGACCAUCGACUGCAAGGAUGCCAUCUUCAUCAUGACCUCCAACGUGGCAAGCGAUGAGAUCGCGCAGCACGCCCUGCAGCUGAGGCAGGAAGCUCUGGAGAUGAGCCACAACCGCAUCGCAGAGAACCUUGGGGAUGUGCAGAUCAGUGACAAGAUUACCAUCUCAAAGAACUUCAAGGAAAAUGUGAUUCGCCCCAUCCUGAAGGCUCACUUCCGGAGGGACGAGUUUCUCGGCAGAAUCAAUGAGAUCGUCUACUUCCUCCCCUUCUGCCACUCGGAGCUCAUCCAGCUCGUCAACAAGGAACUGAACUUCUGGGCCAAGAGGGCCAAGCAAAGGCACAACAUCACUCUGCUCUGGGACCGGGAGGUGGCAGACGUGCUGGUCGACGGCUACAACGUGCACUACGGCGCCCGCUCCAUCAAGCACGAGGUGGAGCGCCGCGUGGUAAACCAGCUGGCCGCGGCCUACGAGCAGGACCUGCUGCCCGGGGGCUGCACGCUGCGCAUCACCGUGGAGGACUCGGACAAGCAGCUCCUCAAGAGCCCCGAGCACACCUCGCCCGAGGCCGAGAAGCGCCUCCCGAAGCUGCGGCUGGAGAUCGUCGACAAGGACAGCAAGACACACAAACUGGACAUCCAGGCGCCACUCCACCCCGAGAAGGUGUGCUUCACGCUCUAGCACCGCCCUCCCCUCUGUGCCCUCGGCAGCCAAUAAAGGCCCCUCAGCUGAGGCGUGACAACUGACCUCCUUCCCUUCGGCCUCUGCUCCUUGGCCCGGGCAGAGGCAGCCGUUUAUCCCCACCCCAGCCCCUUUCUCGCGGGCCCCCCAACCUGCCAACAGGUCUCCGGGAGAGAUGCAGCCCCUCCAUCCUCUGAGGCAGGAGGAAAAACUGGGGCACCCUUAUUUCUCUUCUCCUGCAUGCUCCCCGGGCCCCCCAGUCUCUGGAAUAUUAUCCCGUCCCCAGGAAAGCCCUGAAGUAUAGCCGCUGAGACCAGAGCUGGCUGGAAGGAUGGGGACCCAGCCGUGACCUGCCACCAUCUGCUGUCCUCGGGCAAAAAAAAAGGUCUCCCCAGGGAGUAGAGGGAGAGGGCAGAGGCCCGGCACAGAGGUAACACACCAGCGGAGACCGCGAUUCUCCAACCUUGGGGCUCGGACAGUGCGAAGCACCCCUAGGCUGAUGGCCGUGGCCUUGCCCCACUCUGGGACUGGACAGGAAGUACCAGAACCAAGCAGUAGCUGCUCCGUGGAGGCCUCCUUUGGGAGCCUUAACUGCUGAUGUGGGGGCUCCCAAGGGGGCUCAUGGGGCCGGGCUCCACCCAGGUCGCCCUGAAGAGUGUCUCAGCCUUAUUUGGACGCGGUUCCAGCUCGCUGGCCCUCAGCAGCUUUGGGGACCGCGUGCAUGGGGGGUACCAAGAACAGGGUUGGCACCAUCCCCCAAGUGUGUUCCCUGGGCUACCCUCCACCCAGCUUGAACACCAUCCUCAGUAGCAGAUGAGCCCUUGUAGUAGCAUCCCCUGUCGCUCCCUUAACCCUCCCUGGUGCGCCAGCUUUGUCUCAGGAAGCAGAAAGCGGGGCCGGAAUCAGACUCCCUUGGGAUGUGGAGCAGAGUCACACCAAUAGGGCAGGGGUGAGGCCCACUGAGCCUGGGGGCCACCCCAGCGGUGCUCCACCUGUCACUGUCUUGUCCCUUCGGGAACUGUGGCUGCUGCUCCCUACCUCAGUGACUGCUAUAGUUUAUUUUUUUAAGAUUUUUAUUAACGUCCUGUUUUGAAAUCAUUUUGGGCUUAAGCGUCCCCACAUGCCCACCAGCUAGCUUCUCCUAAGAGAAGCUUCCAGACCUGCAGUGUGGCCUUUCAGUGUGAUCAUGCAGACACAGUGAUCAUUUCAGAUACUGUGACUAUUCAGACAGUGUGGUCAUUCAGACAUAGUGUGAUCAUUCAGAUGUUGAUACUAAUCUGGAGACGUUCAGAUUUUGUCCGUUUUCCACUUAGGUUUUGUUUUAUUUUAUUUUAUUUUUGGUUUUCUUUUGUUUUGUUUUGUUUUUUUUGUGGGGGAGGUCCAGGAUCCCACAUAUGGCAAUUCCUUUUGUCUCCUUUGACCUGUGCCAGUUCUUCCAUCUUUGUCUCUUGUAACAACGGCACUUUUGGAAAUGACUGGGCCGGUUCACUUUCCCCUGGCUCUGGCUUUUGAUCGAUUGUCCAACAUGUUGGAGAUCAGUUUUGCACAAGACAGCCACAAAAGGCACCAUCACAGCAGCAGGGGGGCGGGGGGCACAAUUGGGUCACUUUACUGAGUGGAUGUGUUCUACAUUUCUUCACUGUAAAACUACUGAUUCCCUUUGAAACUAUUAAUAAUCAUGCAAGGCAGCACUGUGCCCAUGUCUUCUUUCUCCUUGGAAUUGUGCCCUUUGAACUCAGCCUGGCUCCCAGGAAGUGAAUGUUGUAUUUGCCUGAUGACGAUGUUCUCCCCUCCUCCGCCGGUAUUUAUUAACUGGUAUUCUGCUGUAAGGAAGAGCUGUCUAUUUCCCCUCAUUUAUUUAUUCAAUAAUGAUUCAUAUCAGUCUAAACCA